CCCGCGAUCAGGGGCUGGGCGGGGUCCGCACGGGCACCUCCUGGUACCCCCGAGACCCCCGCCCCCGGUGCCCGGGUCGGAACCGCUGCGCAAGGUCCGCUCUGCGGCAGGACGGCCGCUGGGCUGCCCAGUCGUCGAAGAUGGGCUGCUUCAGCAGCCGCCCUGGGACCGGUGAGGGCGAGCGCACACCUCCCUUAGCUGCUGUUUUUGUCCUGCGAAUAUGUGUAAACUAGGUGCUUUGCCCUGGAAACGCGGGUGUUUACCUGCUCCCUCACCUGUCUCAGGUGUGCACCUCGCUAGACCGGUCCCUGCCCUGGGAGGCGGAGCCGAGCGGGCAGGGCCCCUCCUCUUCCUGGGUAGGUGUCCGCAGCUCCAGGGGCGCCGGAACGGACCAGGCUCGGGGUCGCAAUGAAUAACCCUAUACCUUCCAAUUUGAAAUCUGAAGCAAAAAAGGCUGCUAAAAUUCUAAGAGAAUUCACAGAAAUAACUUCCAGAAAUGGACCUGAUAAGAUCAUUCCUGCACACGUCAUUGCCAAAGCCAAGGGCCUGGCGGUCCUGUCUGCGAUAAAAGCUGGGUUUCUGGUCACCGCGAGAGGGGGCAGUGGGAUCGUGCUGGCGCGCCUUCCAGAUGGAAAAUGGUCUGCACCUUCGGCCAUCGGGAUAGCUGGGCUUGGUGGAGGAUUUGAACUAGGAAUAGAGGUAUCGGAUUUGGUAAUAAUUUUGAAUUAUGACAGAGCAGUAGAAGCUUUUGCAAAAGGUGGUAACCUAACACUUGGAGGGAAUUUGACUGUGGCAGUUGGGCCCUUGGGAAGGAAUUUAGAAGGAGACGUCUCCCUAAGAAGCUCAGCUGCUGUCUUUACUUACUGCAAGUCAAGAGGCCUCUUCGCUGGCAUAUCUUUAGAAGGUAGCUGUUUGAUUGAGAGGAAAGAAACUAACCGAAAAUUUUAUUGUCAAGACAUUCGAGCUUAUGACAUUUUAUUUGGAGAUAUACCACGGCCUGCUGAAGCAGAAGAUCUUUAUGAAAUUCUUGAUUCUUUUACUGAAAAGUAUGAAAAUGACGGACAACGAAUCAAUGCAAGAAAAGCAGCACGGGAGCAGAAGAAGGCUAAAGAAUUGCCUUCAAAACCAUUGUCAAGACCACAGCAAUCGUCUGCACAAGUACAGCUGAAUUCUGGCUCUCAAAGUAACAGAAAUGAAUAUAAUCUCUAUCCUGAAAUUUCCAGCUACCGUGAGAGAGUUGGCAAUUUGAACCAACCUAUAGAAGUGACAGCACUAUAUUCUUUUGAAGGACAACAGCCAGGAGAUUUGAAUUUUCAAGCUGGAGACAGAAUCACAGUUAUAACAAAAACAGAUUCACAUUUUGAUUGGUGGGAAGGAAACCUUCGAGGUCAAACUGGCAUUUUUCCAGCCAACUAUGUUACCAUGAAUUAAAGUUUAUAUUAUUUUCUUCUUUGAGAAUUACAAAAAUAUUAUUACUAUACUGGUAGGAUUUACUAUUCAGUUAAACAAUGUUUAGUAUAAGUUUAAAAACACUUCUGUUUAUUCCAUAAACUUUUAUCCAGUAUGUAAAAGAUUUUGUUUAUAUAUAUAUAUAUAUAUAGAGAGAGAGAGAGAGAGAGAGAAAGAGAGUGUUACAUAUCUUUAAAUACUUUCCACUGAUUUUUAUCACAGAUACUAUUUAAUAGUUUAAUAUCCUCCAAUUUAUAUGGUCAUAUUUCUUUUGUGUUCAUUUUCAAACAUCACUAAACAUUUGAUUUGGCUAGGUGUAUGAUGACUUUAUUUUAUCUGGAGAAUCUUAAGGAUAGGGCCAUGAAUACUAAUUUAUAUAUUUGCAAAGUGACUAGAAAAGAAUAAAUCAGCUUAAAUAGUGUAUUAAGUAAUACUUAGAGUUGUAGGUAUUAACUAGAAUAUUAAUCCUUAAAAAUUAUCUAUAAGAAAUACACUAUGACAAAGAAAUUCAACCGCUAUGCAUUAAAAAAAGAUGACAUCUGUUAACUUUCCUUCUUUACGAGGUUACGCUUGUUCAUUGGUAGCAGUAGAAUAAAGUUAUGUUGAUAUGGUUCCAUUGUCCCUAAAUAAAUGUUUUUAAAAUGCUAA